AGCUGAGGUGGUCUCACUUUUAACUGCUUACCUUCAUUGUCACCUCUCUCACAAAAGUCCAUACAGUGAGCUACAGCUUGUGAUCAGUUUAUGUAUUUUCCAGCUACAAUUUAUGAACAUAAGAGUUUGAGAGGAUAUCAGAGCACAUCAAGUGCGUUUACCAUGCAAAGUAAAGCAAUUAUGCUUCGUAAUGCUUGGAGAAGAGGAUCCAGGAGAAGAAUUCCCUGAAGAAAUUCAAGAGAUGUGGCACGCACUGGGCCUCAGCUGCUUCUGAGAGUUUGUGUGUGAGCAAGUGAGAAACAGAUAGAGAAAGCGCGAGAGAGGGGAAAGUCUUGAGAAGUUCACCUGCUGGCACUAAAAUACUGGAUUACAGCAAACACAGAAGAUCCCUCAUUAUGCAAGUGGAGAUGCUCAUAUGGAGUACAGAGCUGAGUUCUGCCAGUAGUGGAGACUGACAUUUAUGCAUUAAAGAUCGUGGACUGACAGAAUGGGCUGUACUUGCAGUGGUCAUAAGAACGACAAAGAAAAAGGACAUAUAAAUAAUAAUUCAGCAGCCACCAACAAAUCUUACCCAAGACAACAAAGACAGCGCGGCGCGGACUACGACGAAGAUAUUGUCAUCGCUCAACAUGACUUCAAACCAACCAAUGAUAGCGACCUUCCAUUUAAGAAAGGAGAGAAACUCAAGAUCAUUCAGGAAAAUGGGGACUGGUGGCUGGCUAAAUCUCUCCUCACUGGAGAUGAGGGAUACAUACCAUGUACAUAUGUGGCCCGAGCUCACACCCUGGAAGUGGAGAAAUGGUUCUUCAAGGAUUUGAGUCGCAGGGAGACGGAGCGUCUUCUUCUGGCUCCAGGGAACAAAAUUGGUGCAUUCCUUGUCAGAGAGAGUGAGACGACCCCGGGUGCUUUCUCCCUAUCCGUAAGAGACACUGCUGGAGAGCAAGGUGACGUGGUCAAGCACUAUAAGAUUCGUGCCCUGGACAAAGGCGGCUAUUAUAUCUCUCCCUCUCUGACUUUCCCCUCCCUGCAGGAACUGGUGCAGUACUACUCAAGAUCAGCUGAUGGUCUCUGUCAGAGGCUGGGAAGCCCCUGUAGGACUGUUGCUCCUCAACGGCCCUGGGCUCAGGAUGAGUGGGAGAUCCCUAGGGAAACGCUAAAGAUGGUGAAGAGACUGGGUGCUGGGCAGUUUGGAGAAGUCUGGAUGGGCUACUAUAAAAACAACCAAAAGGUGGCCAUUAAGACUUUAAAAGAGGGCAGCAUGGAGCCAGAGGCCUUCCUGCAGGAGGCUAACCUUAUGAAGAAGCUUCAGCAUGAGAGACUAGUGAAACUUCACGCUGUAGUCACCAAACAGCCCAUCCUCAUAGUCACAGAGUUCAUGGCAAAUGGGAGUUUAUUAGACUUUCUGAAAACCGAUGAUGGCAGGAAAUUAAAGCUGCCCAAGUUAAUAGACAUGGCAGCUCAAAUUGCAGAGGGCAUGGCCUACAUAGAGAGGAAGAACUACAUUCAUAGAGACCUUCGUGCUGCCAAUAUACUGGUGUCAGAAACACUGCACUGUAAGAUAGCUGACUUUGGCCUGGCCAGGAUUAUAGAGUCUGAGUACACUGCACAAGAAGGUGCAAAAUUCCCAAUUAAGUGGACAGCCCCUGAAGCCAUCAAUUUCGGCACCUUCAGCAUCAAGUCAGAUGUGUGGUCCUUUGGUGUUCUCCUGACAGAGAUUGUGACAUAUGGAAGAGUACCAUAUCCAGGCAUGACGAAUCCGGAAGUGAUCCGUCACCUGGACAGGAUGUACAGGAUGCCAUGUCCGGAUGACUGCCCUGAUGAGCUGUAUGACAUCAUGCUGACGUGCUGGAGAGAGAAACCAGAGGAAAGACCCACAUUUGAGUAUCUGCAGGACACACUUAAUGACUUCUACAUUGCUACCGAGGGCCAGUACGAAAUGCAGCCUUAGGCUUCACAUACCCCAAAAACAGACUACUGAAUGGAUGGACAUACGUAAGGAUAUGAGGGGUAGUGGACAGUGAAGUAAAACGAUAUAUGGACACAACACAUGACAGUUGUAAGGUGCAAAUGGGGAAAAUACUCCCUGUAACUGGACCCAUUCAUGGAUUUUAUGACCACUCCUCAACUAAUUGCUGUUCAUCCCUGAAUUUCUAUGGAAAACCACUGACCACGUCUUGGAUGAAUGUAGUUGUGGUGACUUGUGGUACAUUUAAGCUAAUAAGCAAUUACAUUGCAAAUUUAGCAAUGUACAGCACAAAUCAUUAAAGGGGAAUUUGCAAAUGUUUCCAAAUUUCUGCAUAAUUCAAAUGUUGAGAUGUAAAGUAAUUCAUUUUAAAUGGUUUGAUGUGAAACGGUUUAUUGUAGAGAAACUUACCAACUCAGAUUUCUUUACAAAGGUGGUGAUAAGAACCAGACGUCACAUCUGCAAUGCAACUAUAACCAUUUCUUUACUAUCCAAAGUGACCAGUAAACAAAUAAGUGUCUUAUGUAAUUGAUAUGUAUGUGUUUAUAUGUAAUUGACAAUGGUAAAACAGUGGUAAGUCAGUUUUCCUUGAGUGCUGUGCAAUGGAUGUCUUAGACCUUGUGCAACAUUUUUGCAUUUGUAUUUUGUGUAAUAACUUUCUGUGAUGUAGGUUUUAAAGGCAGUACAUGUUUCAGACGUCUGGUUCCUAUCACCACCACUGUGAACAAUUCUGACUCUAGAAUGGAGCGUUUCACAUCAAAAUAGUCUGACCUUGUUUAUAUCUCGAAGACUUAAUUCUACAGGCUAAUUGAAAACAUAAGUGUAAGUCCCUUUAAGAGAAAAGGUGCAACACCCUCUACCACAUAAUAAUAUAAAAAAAAUCAUUAAAUCUCAUGACAUUUCACAUACUGCCAUGUGGUGGAGUGAGUGUUUACACCUUUUUUCCUAAUAGGAUUUUUUUGCCUAAAGUUGGUUGAAGCGCCUUCUUUUUCUUUUAGCGCAUGAAAUACAGCCUUGAGUGACCAAAUCAUUUAUGGCAUCUACCUAUUGGCUGAUAUUUAAUGUGUGUAUCUGACCUGCGUAACUGCACAACUCUUGGCACCCUCCAGAAAAGGGUUCAGUCCCUUUCAUUAAUAACCUGAUAGCAUGACCAAUCAAAGCACUGACUUUUUCCCCUUCAAGAACCUCUGAUCCAGUACCAUGUGUAGCAGUGCAGAUAAAAGGAGGAGACCCCAAUUAUCAAUGAUGCUACAGCAAGGAUGAAAAAGAGGGACCUGGUGUAAAAUUAAGAUCAUAUUCGGUUUUUUAUCUUUGUUAUAACUGAAACCUGAGAAUUUGUAUAUUUCAU